UCAGACAGAACAGCCUUCGAUUACCCAGUCGAGUCGUGUCGAAAAUUUUCGCUUUUGUGAUUUGUUUUUGUGCAUUGUAUUUGCUCAAAUUUGCUAAACAGUGAUUGAACUUAUCUGUUUUUCCUAAUUAAAUACAUUUGUACCGAAAAAGAAGAAUCAGAAUUAACUCAAAAGUGAUAUACAUUUCGUGUGUGUUCAACUAGUUUCUUUCACAACACAAAGGAUAAACGGGAGACAUUGCUGUUUUCCGUCGUCAUUUUCCUGUAAACAGUCUCCAGAAUCUCUGCUGAAUAUUACUGGAAUGAUAACUCUACACGCUCCCUGACGCAGUUUUUUAAGUGAAGGUGGAGGAAUACUGCUGUGAGUGUUAUGGGCAUGCGGUGAGCCCUGAAGCUUUUCACCAAGAUGACAGAAGGAGAACGGCAACAAAGCGCGGGCGGCACCAACGCCGCGCCGCAACACAGGAAAGGACACAGGAGGCAAGAGUCAAUGUACGCGAUGACGGGACUCUACGCGGAGUCGGGAUGCGGGGACGGCGCGGACGACCCCCCGGGACCGAGCGCGCCGCCACACCCUUCGCACCCCCCACGGGAUCCAAGCAAAUGUCACAGCCGGAACCCAUCUGCUGGAAUAUGCGACAGAGAUCGCGAAAGGGAAAAGGAAAAACCCCGACAAAUGUUCCCAGAAAUAUUAGACAUUCCUCAUGACACACGAGACUGCGGUAUCUUGUCGUGGAGGCCGCUCUUUAUUCAGAGAUUUUCUAGUAUUAAAGUAUUCGUAUUUUUCCUAUCGUUUCUAGUUACGCUGCAACAAGCGUUAAGUUCAGGAUAUAUAAACUCUGUGAUCACGACCAUAGAAAAACGCUUUGAAAUCCCGUCAAGUCUGUCGGGUUUGAUUGCGAGCAGUUACGAAAUUGGCAAUGUCAUCACGGUCAUCUUCGUCUCGUACCUUGGUAGCAGAAGACACAUUCCAGUUUGGAUCGCAGUCGGUGCCGUAAUAAUGGGCAUUGGAUCUUUGGUAUUUGUUGUUCCGCAUUUUAUUGCGGAAGUGAACAGCGAGACAUUAGCCAACAACAAAUCUGAGGAGAACAUCUGCCGACUGCCUGGCCUCGACCAGGACCUUAGUCUUGCUCGACUGGCGGGCCAGGCCGGCUUGCCACCUAGCAACUUGAGACCUGAUAACUGCAUUAAAAGCACUCCAAGCACUUUCCUGCCAGUGAUGGUGUUCAUCGUGGCACAACUACUGCUGGGAUGCGGCGGCUCCCCCUUGUUGACUCUUGGCACAACGUACGUCGACGAUCACGUACGCCCGGAAUCGUCUAGCAUGUAUAUCGGAUGCAUGUACAGUAUGGCGGCCUUCGGUCCAGUGCUCGGAUUCUUGCUGGGCGCUUAUCUGCUGACAUUUCACAUGGACUCCAUUUCUGGCGCAAAUAUAGCCAUCGGGCCAGCGGAUCAUCGAUGGGUAGGCAUGUGGUGGGGCGGGUUCCUGCUAUGUGGGCUGCUCCUCAUUCUGGUGGCCAUACCAUUCUUCUCGUUCCCGAAAGUUCUCGUCCGGGAGAAGGAGAAGAUUCGAUUAGUUGAAAAAGCGGCUGCUGCAAGCGGCAGCGGCUCCGCCAAACCGCAGAAACCGCAGUCUGAUAUCAAGGAUACUGGCUAUGGAAAAGAUAUUAAAGAUAUACCGGUUUCAAUGUGGCGACUCCUGAAGAACCCCGUGUACGUGGUGACGUGCCUCGGCGCGUGCAUGGAGCUGAUGAUCGUGUCUGGUUUCGUGGUGUUCCUGCCAAAAUAUCUCGAGACGCAGUUCAGCUUGGGCAAGAGUCAAGCUAGCGUUUUUACCGGUUCCAUAGCAAUCCCGGGCGCGUGUAUCGGGAUAUUCAUGGGCGGGUGUUUGCUCAAGAGGCUGGAACUGCGGCCGAAAGGCGCCGUACAGUUCGUCCUCAUCUCUAACACAAUCUGCUUGUCCUGCUAUGCUUUGCUGUUCUUCCUCGGCUGUGAUAACAUCAAAAUGGCCGGGACGACCAUACCUUACACUAAUAAUAGCAACGUGGAGCCGUUCAAGGUCAAUCUGACUGCGGCGUGCAACUUCAACUGUCUUUGUACCGAGACGGACAUGGAGCCGGUGUGCGGGAACAACGGCCUCACCUACUUCUCCCCGUGCCACGCCGGCUGCGCGGCCUUCUCCUCCUCCAGGGCCAACUUCACUAACUGCGCCUGCGUGCAUGAGAACAGCCGCGACAUGUCGCUGGGCGCGGUGCUGAGCGGCGCGUCCGCCUCCGCGCUCACGGCCGGCGCCGCGCACGACUACAGCAGCGAGGUGACCGUGGUGCCGGUGGCGACGGCAGGCGCGUGCAACCCACCGUGCACCACCAUCUUCCCGUUCCUGGUGCUGCUGUUCUUCAUGACCUUCGUGGUGGCCGUCACUCAGAUGCCGCUGCUCAUGAUCGUACUCAGAUCCGUGAGUGAAGAGGAGCGUUCGUUCGCGCUGGGCAUGCAGUUCGUGAUCUUCCGACUGUUCGGCUACAUCCCGGCGCCCAUCGUGUUCGGCAACCUCAUCGACUCCACGUGUCUGCUGUGGAAGCAGUCCUGCAGCGGCGAGAAGGGCGGCCGCUGUCUGUUGUAUGACAUCGAGCAGUUCCGAUACAGAUAUGUGGGCCUGUGCGGCGGCAUAAAGAUCGUUGCGCUGGGCAUCUUCCUGGCGGACUGGUGGCUCGUGCGCCGCCGCAAGCAUCUCGACAACGCCGCGCCGCUCGACCCCAGCAAGGACAUCGCCGGCUCCAUCAUCAGUUUAGAUAAAUUGUUCGAAGAGCUGCCAUCAACGGACAACGCGAGCGGGUUCAGGUCGGGUGUAACGUCGGGCCCUAGCUCCGCCAUCACAACACCCAUGGAAUCCGGCAUCGACCCGUACAAGCCCAAACUGCAGCGCACGGACUCCCAGUACUCUCAAGAUUCGCAGAGCCGUGGCAAGAAUUCGCGGGUGCUGGUCGCCUCGCGGCACCUGCGCAACGACUCCAAGACCAUCCAGCUGGAGCCGCGCGCGCGCCAGCACGCGCAGGACGAGCCCGGGCCGCGGCCCGCGCAGCACUCGCAGCACUCGCGCAGCGGCUCGCGCGACCUCAGCCUCGAGCAGCUCAAGCAGCUGGCGCUCAAGAGCAUGGAGAGCCUCGACCUCACGGUGCUGCCGCUGACCAAGUGCGACGAGGAGAGCAAGCGGCUGAUCGAGGGCGGCGCGCUGCGGCACCGGCGCACGGGCUCGCGCGACCUCAAGCCGGCGGGCGGCAAGCACAAGCGCACGUCGUCGCACCACCUCACGCUGGAGCCCGAGCUGGCGCUGCAGCUGCACAAGGGCCGCAGCGCCGACCACCUCGCGCGCCCCGAUCUCUGAACCGACCGGGAUCAGUGUAUAGUCUAAUUAAUAAUUAUCGAUAGAACCCGCGUUCUCGAUAUAGAUAAAUGAGUGAUUUUAAAUCAUAUCCCUAGAGUAGUCGAUGCUUACUGAAUGAAAACUUUUCGCUUUAUGCGAUCAAAGUGUUGAUUGGAACAUGCAAAAAUGUCAAUUGGUAAACUUAUCGAGAAAUUCUUUAAUUGCUCCAGUGACUUGUUUUCCCCAAUGUGGUGCACUUGAAUUUGAUUUUUUGGUUGUUUUUUUUUUAUUUAGUUAUUUCACCUUUUGAAAACUCGAAAUUUUCAAAUAUAUAUAAAUUUUUUUAGUCCUUUGUUGGUUUUUAUAUGUACUUAAUAGCAAAUUGCCAGAUGCGUAAUUACAUUUUAGAGGAUUUAAUAUACAAAAUAAGCAAUAAUGAUGAUGAUGGUGAAACAUUAUCACUGAAAACUAAAUAUGGCUGUUUAUUUGAAUUUUUAAAAUUUUAUGUCUCAUAUCUUAGUGAAUACAUACAUCACAUAUUUUAAAAUGUUAGUUACAGUUUUAUGAAUCUGAUAAAUUGAAAAGCAUUUAUUACAGAUGUUUGGCAAAGUAAAGAUAAUCACUGAAUCAGAAUAUAUCAUAGCUAUUAUAAUAUCUAAGAUUAAUGCUGUCAACACUACCACACAGUCAUACUAAAAUUUAUACUAGUUCAUCCCUGCUUAUCAUUAUUGAAAUAGGGUUCCAAUUGAUUCGUUAAAAAAUGUUCAAUAUCAGCAUUGUUAGACUGUAGGAUGUUUAUAUAGUUUAGCUACAAAAUUAAUGAUACUUUAAUCAGUAAAUACAGACGAAAAAGCCCUUAUGGUGCCACAAAAUAUAUUUUUAUACAUAUGCGUUAUACUAACCAGGUAGUACAAACACCUUAAUAAACCAAAAUGCACAAAUAAUCAUUUUGUUCAAUUGCUGUUAGACACACUCGCCCUUGCUUUCCACUCUUAAUUAGAUGUUAAUAGAGAUUGUAAAUUAUAGUUAGCAAUAACAUUCCUCAUAGCACUAAUGGCAAUUUAUUUUCUAUUGCACAAGUCCACCAAACUUCGUGGUGUUAAGGUAAUUUCGUCCUAAUGUUUAUGAUCUCAGCAAUGGUUUUUUUUACUGAAAUGUUUAUUGCAAAUCUGUACUGCUUAGAUAUUUGUUCUUUACAUUGUUUUAAAUAAGUAUUUACCUUGUCAUAUGUUUCACAUUUCAUUAAUAUUUUAGAUUUUCAUUUAUUACAAAAGCAUAGAUUUCCUCUUUUUGAGUAGUUUCGAAUUUAUAAUAGAUUUUAUUUUUGUAACACAGUUUCUAAAAAUAUUGAAAUAUCCCACUAUUUCGGAUGAUCUUUUGCAAGUCAACAAAUUGCUGGGACCAAUUCCAGCAAUAGGUAAAUAAAAAAUUAUAUGAAUUUGAGUUCUAAUAUAACUUAUAAUCUUGUUUUCAUAAUUCUUUUGUUUUUAAAGAAGAGCUCAUUGUAUGUAUUAUUAUUAUAAUGAUAAAUAACCAGAGAACCCUAACCUAAUCUGAAUAGUGUAUGUGUACCUUUGUCAAUUCUUAGGCUGCUAUAUCAAGUAACAACUCAAUUAUUAUCAUAGACCACCCUUCACAGUAUGAGUAUUGUGUAAUGACACAUGCUUAUCUCUGUCAACUUAAAAACUUUUGCGAGAGAUGCUCCGGAAUAUUAUUUUAGUAUAAAAGUGAGUUUUAAAGCAAUAUAUUUAUCUUGGAUUUUAAACAAAAAAGACAAAUUCAUGUCAAAAAUGUAAAUUUGUCAUAAUUAUAUUUGUUAAGAGAGAAAUAGUUUGAUAUAAAAGAAAAUGUUUUAUCUAAAAAUUGCCUUAUUACAAUAGUUCUUAAGACUUGAUACUGACUUAGCUGUAUUCAAAUAAGUUGUUUUGUCAAACAAAGGUGUUUGAUAAUAACAACUCCCCUAAACUAAUUUGUUGCAUUUAGUGAUUAAUAAAAAUUGCAUACAUAUUUUAAAACCUUUUUUAUUUUAAUUUUGUAAGGUACAUUUUAUAACUCUAGGAAUUCACUGAACACUUUCCAAAGCUUGAUCAAUAUCAAGGACACCUGAGAAUAAAGAAUGGAGCUUGUUGUACUUGUACAAAUUACAAAUAAAGAUUUCAUUUAUUUAUUCAAUAAAUAUUUCAUGUUUUUCUUGGUACAGAGAAGACCUUACCAUGGUAAUAAGUAUGUAUGUAUGGUUAUUAUAUUAAAUUUCAAGGAAAUAAAUAGAUAAACAAUAAAUGGUUAGAAUCUCACUUAAAUAAUAUGUUGGGAUAGGAUAAGGAUUAGGAUAUUACUAUGUAAUAUAUCUACCUACUAACUACAGCGUUAAAUACAAGAAGAUACAGUAAUGUAUUACAAAAACUAUUAUAAUCUUUAGAUGCUAAAGAAUGUUGAAUGAAAGACCGACAUAUUAUUUUACAAAUAGUAUCUAUUCACAACUAACAAACAUUUACAUUUGUGCUUAACUAAUGUAUAGUACAGAUUAAUUGGUUACUACAAUAAACAAAUAUUCAUUCCAACUCACCACAUUCUUUAAUCAUAACCUUCUUGGAUGGCCGGCCACUUUUGGUGCCAAAACUCUCCAUUUUUUUUACAACAUCCAUACCCUCAACAA